AUGAAUACAUUUGUCGCCAAUAAGGCUGAAGAGAAGCUCGGUGACCGACCCACCGUUACCACCAAUAAAUCGAAGUACCGUCAAAAUGAAACGAUGCUUGCGCUUCGUUGGCAUGGUAGCCGAGAUGUUCGUGUCGAAGAAGUCCCUGUGCCUGCCAUCACAGAGCCCAAGGACGUAAUCUGCAAAGUCACAGGUACGACGGUGUGUGGUAGCGACCUGCAUCUGUACCAUAAGGAGAUUAUGCAGUUGCAGAAGGGCGAGAUUCUGGGCCAUGAGUGGAUGGGCAUUGUCGAUGAGGUCGGGAGCGAGGUAAAGAAGUUUAAGAAGGGUGACCGAGUUGUCGCCAGCUUCCAGAUCGCUUGCGGCGAAUGCUCCUUCUGCAAGGAAGGCCUGUCCAGUAUGUGCGAUCGCACAAACUCCUCCAGGCUCCAAGAAAAGUUGUAUGGGAAGCCAUUUGCUGGCUUGUUUGGCUAUUCGCACUUCGCUGGCGGUUUCGAUGGUGGUCAAGCUGAGUACGUUCGUUGUCCUAUCGCCGAUGUCAAUCUUCUCAAAAUUCCGGACUCUGUUCCCGAUGAAAAAGCAUUAUAUCUCAGCGAUAUCGUCCCUACCUCGUAUCACGCCACCAUAUGCGCAGACGUCAAAGAUGGCAAGAGCGUUGCAGUCUGGGGUCUUGGUCCUGUCGGAUUGUUCUCAUGCAAGUGGAGUAAGCUCGCAGGUGCUAGACGCGUGAUUGCCAUUGAUCGUGUGCCUGCUCGUCUCGCUCUGGCAAAGAAAAUGGGCUGCCAUGUCAUCAACUUCGACGAGCAGUCGGAUGUCGUCAGUCAGAUCUACAAACUCGAGCCGGAAGGUGUCGAUUGUUGCAUUGACGCCGCAGCUUUCAGGUACACGAAAGGGCUACUGCACACAGUCGAGCGUACAAUGGCCCUCGAAACGGAUAGCAGUGAGACUCCUAACGAGAUGCUACGAGCCGUUCGCAAAUUCGGGACAAUCUCCCUGGUGGCUGACUACGCCGCCAUGACGAACCAAUUCCUCAUUGGAGCGUUGAUGGAGAAGGGUGUUACGAUGCGUGGCUGUGGACAAGCACCUGUACAGAAAUAUUGGCAUGAAUUGCUUGAGAAGAUUGAGAGCGGGGAAUUCGAUCCCACGAUCAUUUUGUCCCAUCGAUUCAAGGUCGACGAAUUCAGUGAACUUUACGAUGCUUUCGACAAGAAGGAGCAUGGAAUUAUCAAGACGUUCGUGCAGACCAGAUUUUCCAAACCACCGAGCAAGGGUACACCACAGUUGAGCAGUUUCAAGGCGGGCGAUAUCAAGCCAAGUGCCGUUGCCACGUAG